CAGUGCUAGGGAAUUGUGGGAACUAGUUUUGGGAGACGUUGAGCCUUCUUUGUCAGAGAGCUCUGGGGCCAGAAUAAACUAUAAUACUACCCAGCAUCCCCUAGUACUGAGCCAAGGCAGUUAAAGCAGUCUCAAACAGGAAUAUUUCUGCAGUGUGAGUUGGACCAGGGUUCAAAUCCAGGCUGGGCCAUGAAAACCCAUGGGUAAGUCACUCAGAAAAACCUGUUGAUAUGUUUGCCUUCAUAUGGCAAUCCUAUAGCAAGCGUCUUGGGGGAUUUUCCCAAGCAUGAGCAUCUUCUCUGUUGUCUUGCUGGGCCAUGAAACGCAUUGGGUGAACCUAGACAAGUCACACUCUCUCAGCCUCAGAGGACGGCAAUGGCAAACGCCUGAACAAUUAUUGUCAAGACAACCCCGCAACAGCUUUGCCUUAGGGUUGCCAUGAGUCAGAAAUGGAUUAAAGGUACUACACAAGAUCCUUCCCAUACUGAUCCAUGUCUUUGAGGUCUUAAACAUAGCAUGUUUUCCAGCUACUUACUCCUUUGGUCCCCUAAAUAUUUCCAUCCCCAUUAAUUUGAGAUUUAAAAACAUCUAGCUGUUUAAAUGUUUAGGAACCUAUCCUAUCAAUGUACACAAAUGUAUGGAGUCUGGAGCUCAUUUAAAGCCAUAGGAAAGGCGGAUAAGAAAUAAUAAUAAUAAUAAUAAUAAUAAUAAUAAUUUCCCCCCUCCAUUUUAUGGUGUUGGGCUUUCUUCAGAGAGUAUUAUUAUUAUUAUUAAACUUUAUUUAUAUAAAAUGAACCUCCUGCAAAAAUAAUUAAAUAUAAUGCAUAUUAGUACAUGUUAACAUUCAAAUAAAAUAAGGCAGAUGACAAAAUUAAAACAAUUUAAAUCAGUUAAAAUUAAAAGAGAGAGAAGGAAUGUAAAGCCUCUUGUGUCUAUUGGGGAGCUGGGCCUUGGACUAUGGCUCUGGAGACCAAGGCCUGACUCCUUUGCUGCUUCUGUUGCCUUGCUUUCGGGUCUUUCCCGACUUACAGAGACCCUAAGGCCACAGGGUUUUCUUGGCAGGUUUCUUCGGAGGGGGGUUUGCCCUUGCCAUCCUCUGAGGCUGAGAGAGUGUGACUUCCUUAAGGUCACCCAAUGUUGGGGUUCAAACCCUGGUCUCCAUAGUUGUGGCCCCAACAAUCAAGCCACUACCCCACUCACUGCUCAUGCAUUAAAACACAUUGGACAAGUCACACUCUCUCAGCCUCAGAGGAUGGCAAGGGCAACCCCCCCUCCGAAGAAACUGGCCAAGAAAACCCUAUGAUAGGGUCACCAUAAAUACAGAAAUUACUUAGAGCCACACAAUUAUACACACACACACACUCUCUCUCUCUCUCUCUCUUAUGGGGAGAAGAAAGGAAAGAAACUUGACUAGAGAGUAAGAGAGAAGGUUGUAAACUGCAGGUGAUGAAAUGGUAAUGUCAAGAUAAAUUAGAGUAAGUGCUCUGUAUGUUUUAAGAGUUUCAUUCAUGCGAAAGAUGCUGUGAGUGUUAUGAGAUUGUGUGUUAUUAUGGGAGCUGUGUUUUUAUACGACUAAUAAAAUGUAUUAAUGUAUACAUGUGUGUGAGUGUGUUUGUGUGUUACUGUGUGGCUCCAGGUCAUUUCUGGAUUUAUUAUGGUGACCCUGUCACAUGAGAUAUACAGUAUGUAAUAAUAUUAUUAUUAAAAAGGAAAACCAUUUACUAUGGGAUUCUGUGAGAUGUUUCAAUAAAGGGAGCAUAGGAAGGUUCAUAUAAUUUAGUUGUCAACUAAAGCCAAAAUGUCUCUUUGCCGAAACCCGGGAUCGAACCAGGGACCUUUAGAUCUUCAGUCUAACGCUCUCCCAACUGAGCUAUUUCGGCUUCUUGCUUCCUUGUUUUUGAAGCACAAUUUAGAAAGUUGCAGAUUUUCAGGCUUCAAGAGACCCGUUCUUAAUUUAUCCCUCUCCGGUAUAACUCCUAUUAGGAGGUUACAACAGUUUUCAUCCAGAUUAGCUAACCAUUAGGACACAGAUUAUACCAUUUCGCUAUAGGAACAAAACGGGGCUGGGCAGUGUCUGUGUGUGUGUGUGUGGGGGGGAAUACAGAAAGGGAGAGCUGAUAAACCUAUUCCCUUCAGAGAAGCGGGAAACAGGUUUCCAGCCCAGCUAGCCGAGGGGAGCGCGCGCGUUCAGAAAAUUAACCAAUCAGAGACGAGGAGGAAGGUCAGGCAACCAAUAAGAGAGCCAGGUUUGAAACGCUGCCGCGGUCUCGAGCCUCUGCCAACGAUAGAAGAGGAGCAGCAUUCUGACCAAUAGGAAGCGUGCGGGGAUGCGUUCUGGCCAAUAGGAAGCGUGUGUUUUCAGAGCCCUCAUUUGCAUACGCGGCCUAUAAAUAGAGGGCAGGCGGCGCGUUGAUUAUCUCAGUUUGACUUUGCCUGUUGUUGAGGUCAGAGCUGCGUGAAGUCGAGGAUGCCUGAGCCAGCCAAGUCUGCUCCUGCGCCCAAGAAGGGCUCCAAGAAGGCCAUUACUAAGACCCAGAAGAAGGGCGACAAGAAGCGCAAGAAGAGCAGGAAGGAGAGCUACUCCAUCUACGUCUACAAGGUCCUGAAGCAGGUCCAUCCUGACACCGGCAUCUCCUCCAAAGCCAUGAGCAUCAUGAACUCCUUCGUCAAUGACAUCUUCGAGCGCAUCGCUGCGGAGGCCUCCCGCUUGGCCCAUUAUAACAAGCGCUCCACCAUCACCUCCAGGGAGAUCCAGACCGCAGUCAGGCUGCUUUUGCCGGGAGAGCUGGCCAAACACGCCGUCUCCGAGGGCACCAAGGCCGUCACCAAGUACACCAGCUCCAAGUAGGCGGCGCCUUCCCUCCUUGGCUUCCCUUGGCUUCUAGGCCUCAACCUAAAGACCCAAAGGCUCUUUUAAGAGCCACCCACUUCCUCAACCAAAGAGCUGCCUCACAUUUACACAACAGAAGCCCUUGGAGUUAAAAAGACCUGUAUUUCUCUUAGUAUGAUUCUCCGAAUAAACCUCAGUUCCAAGUAACUGAGAAGUAAUUGGA